AUGGCACCGUCGACCUCCUCUGCCGCCUCUACAGGUAUUCCGACGCCGAAACAAUCACUUGGUUUUGUAGCCACUGCACUCAAAAGAAAAGACAGUUUCAUCCAGUUCUUCGCCAUGACUGGAAUCUUGCUGCUAAGCAUGCGAUCGGUAAGUCAAAAAUACCGAAUCCAAGAACUCCAAGAGGAUACCAACGCCUUGCAGGAAGAGAAAAAUUCAAUCUCCGAUCGGAUCAAUCACAUCAAGAGCAGCCUCCUCGCUGAAGCCACCCUCGAUACAACCGGCGCCUUCGCCGCCAGGCUCCGCAUUCUCUUUGGCGACAACAAUUGA